UACGCAAUGGGGGGUCAGUGAGGCAGUGCAAGUACAUGUGUCAAGCACUCUGUGUCCAAUCGCAAUACCCGCGCGUUAAUGCAUAAUGGGCCCAUGGCAGACCAUUGUGGCCGAAUGGUUCUGUCUCGUGCCAGCUCUUGCCACGCCGGUGAGGGGUAAUUGGAUCUUGGGCUUACCGUGUGCUUGCCUCCUGCCUCACUUGGCCCCUCAGCGCAACGGGUACUGUGUGUGUGCUGCUUCUCAGAGGCUUGUGCCUCAUGCCUCUUCUGCUGAUCUGGGGUGAGGGGAUGGUGGUGGUGGCUGUGAAUGUGGGCAGAGCAGCGAAUGAUGAUGCUGCAUGGAGUGCCUGAUGCCACUCUGCCUUUGUUCCAGUCUGCUUAUCCACACACACAGCCAAGGUGGGGUGUGGUGUCGUGUGGUGUGUGUGGUGGUGAGAUGAGGAAGUGGGGCGUGGUGAUGGCCCAUUCAUCCAAAACACACGCAUCUCCAUGUGGCGGGAGGUGGUGAUGGUGAGUGGUGGUGAUGGAUGGUGAGUGGUGGUGAUGCAUGGUGAGUGGUGGUGAUGGAUGGUGAGUGGUGGUGGUGGAUGGCGAGUGGUGGUGAUGGAUGGUGACUGGUGGUGGUCGAUGGUGAGUGGUGGUGGUGGAUGGUGAGUGGUGGUGAUGGAUGGCGAGUGGUGGUGGUGGAUGGCGAGUGGUGGUGAUGGAUGGUGACUGGUGGUGGUGGAUGGUGCGUGGUGGUGAUGGAUGGUGAGUGGUGGUGGUGGAUGGUGAGUGGUGGUGGUGGAUGGUGAGUCGUGGUGAUGCAUGGUGAUUGGUGGUUGUGGAUGGUGAGUGGUGGUUGCGGAUGGUGAGUGGUGGUGGUGGAUGGUUAGUGGUGGUGGUGGAUGGUGAGUGGUCGUGGUGGAUGGUGAGUGGUGGUUGUGGAUGGUGAGUGGCGGUGAUGGAUGGUGAGUGGUGGUUGUGGAUGGUGAUUGGUGGUGGUGGAUGGUGAGUGGCGGUGGUGGAUGGUGAGUGGUGGUGAUGGAUGGUGAUCGGUGGUUGUGGAUGGUGAGUGGUGGUGGCGGAUGGUGAGUGGUGGUGAUUGAUGGCGAGUGGCGGUUGUGGAUGGCGAGUGGCGGUUGUGGAUGGUGAGUGGUGGUGGUGGAUGGUGAGUGGUGGUGAUGGAUGGUGAUUGGUGGUUGUGGAUGGUGAGUGGUGGUUGUGGAUGGUGAGUGGUGGUGGUGAAUGGUUAGUGGUGGUGGUGGAUGGUGAGUGGUCGUGGUGGAUGGUGAGUGGUGGUUGUGGAUGGUGAGUGGCGGUGAUGGAUGGUGAGUGGUGGUUGUGGAUGGUGAGUGGUGGUGGUGGAUGGUGAGUGCCGGUGGUGGAUGGUGAGUGGUGCUGAUGGAUGGUGAGUGGUCGUGGUGGAUGGUGAGUGGUGGUGAUGGAUGGUGAGUGGUGGUUGUGGAUGGCGAGUGGUGGUGAUGGAUGGUGAUUGGUGGUUGUGGAUGGUGAGUGGUGGUUGCGGAUGGUGAGUGGUGGUGGCGGAUGGUGAGUGGUGGUGAUUGAUGGUGAGUGGUGGUUGUGGAUGGUGAGUGGUGGUGGUGGAUGGUGAGUGGCGAUGGUGGAUGGUGAGUGGUGGUGAUGCAUGGUGAGUGGUCGUGGUGGAUGGUGAGUGGUGGUGAUGGAUGGUGAGUGGUGGUUGUGGAUGGCGAGUGGCGGUUGUGGAUGGUGAGUGGUGGUGAUGGAUGGUGAGUGGUGGUUGUGGAUGGUGAGUGGUGGUUGUGGAUGGUGAGUGGUGGUGGUGGAUGGUGAGUGGUGGUGAUGGAUGGUGAUUGGUGGUUGUGGAUGGUGAGUGGUGGUGGUGGAUGGUGAGUGGUGGUGGUGGAUGGUGAGUGGUGGUGGUGGAUGGUGAGUGGUGAUGAUGGAUAGUGAGUGGUCGCGGUGGAUGGUGAGUGGUGGUGAUGGAUGGUGAGUGGUGGUUGUGGAUGGCGAGUGGCGGUUAUGGAUGGUGAGUGGUGGUGGUGGAUGGUGAGUGGUGGUGGUGGAUGGUGAGUGGUGGUGAUGGAUGGUGAUUGGUGGUUGUGGAUGGUGCGUGGUGGUUGUGGAUGGUGAGUGGUGGUGGUGGAUGGUUAGUGGCGGUGGUGGAUGGUGAGUGGUGGUGGUGGAUGGUGAGUGGUCGUGGUGGAUGGUGAGUGGUGGUUGUGGAUGUGGCGGUGGUGGAUGGUGAGUGGUGGUGGUGGAUGGUGAGUGGUGGUGAUGGAUGGUGAUUGGUGGUUGUGGAUGGUGAGUGGUGGUUGUGGAUGGUGAGUGGUGGUGGUGGAUGGUUAGUGGCGGUGGUGGAUGGUGAGUGGUCGUGGUGGAUGGUGAGUGGUCGUGGUGAAUGGUGAGUGGUGGUUGUGGAUGGUGAGUGGUGGUUGUGGAUGGUGAGUGGCGGUGAUGGAUGUGGCGGUGGUGGAUGGUGAGUGGUGGUGGUGGAUGGUGAUUGGUGGUUGUGGAUGGUGAGUGGUGGUGGCGGAUGGUUAGUGGCGGCGGUGGAUGGUGAGUGGCGGUGGUGGAUGGUGAGUGGUGGUGGUGGAUGGUGAGUGGUGAUGAUGGAUAGUGAGUGGUCGCGGUGGAUGGUGAGUGGUGGUGAUGGAUGGUGAGUGGUGGUUGUGGAUGGCGAGUAGCGGUUAUGGAUGGUGAGUGGUGGUGGUGGAUGGUGAGUGGUGGUGGUGGAUGGUGAGUGGCGAUGGUGGAUGGUGAGUGGUGGUGAUGCAUGGUGAGUGGUCGUGGUGGAUGGUGAGUGGUGGUGAUGGAUGGUGAGUGGUGGUUGUGGAUGGCGAGUGGCGGUUGUGGAUGGUGAGUGGUGGUGAUGGAUGGUGAGUGGUGGUUGUGGAUGGUGAGUGGUGGUUGUGGAUGGUGAGUGGUGGUGGUGGAUGCUGAGUGGUGGUGAUGGAUGGUGAUUGGUGGUUGUGGAUGGUGAGUGGUGGUGGUGGAUGGUGAGUGGUGGUGGUGGAUGGUGAGUGGUGGUGGUGGAUGGUGAGUGGUGAUGAUGGAUAGUGAGUGGUCGCGGUGGAUGGUGAGUGGUGGUGAUGGAUGGUGAGUGGUGGUUGUGGAUGGCGAGUGGCGGUUAUGGAUGGUGAGUGGUGGUGGUGGAUGGUGAGUGGUGGUGGUGGAUGGUGAGUGGUGGUGAUGGAUGGUGAUUGGUGGUUGUGGAUGGUGCGUGGUGGUUGUGGAUGGUGAGUGGUGGUGGUGGAUGGUUAGUGGCGGUGGUGGAUGGUGAGUGGUGGUGGUGGAUGGUGAGUGGUCGUGGUGGAUGGUGAGUGGUGGUUGUGGAUGUGGCGGUGGUGGAUGGUGAGUGGUGGUGGUGGAUGGUGAGUGGUGGUGAUGGAUGGUGAUUGGUGGUUGUGGAUGGUGAGUGGUGGUUGUGGAUGGUGAGUGGUGGUGGUGGAUGGUUAGUGGCGGUGGUGGAUGGUGAGUGGUCGUGGUGGAUGGUGAGUGGUCGUGGUGAAUGGUGAGUGGUGGUUGUGGAUGGUGAGUGGUGGUUGUGGAUGGUGAGUGGCGGUGAUGGAUGUGGCGGUGGUGGAUGGUGAGUGGUGGUGGUGGAUGGUGAUUGGUGGUUGUGGAUGGUGAGUGGUGGUGGCGGAUGGUUAGUGGCGGCGGUGGAUGGUGAGUGGCGGUGGUGGAUGGUGAGUGGUGGUGGUGGAUGGUGAGUGGUGAUGAUGGAUAGUGAGUGGUCGCGGUGGAUGGUGAGUGGUGGUGAUGGAUGGUGAGUGGUGGUUGUGGAUGGCGAGUAGCGGUUAUGGAUGGUGAGUGGUGGUGGUGGAUGGUGAGUGGUGGUGGUGGAUGGUGAGUGGCGAUGGUGGAUGGUGAGUGGUGGUGAUGCAUGGUGAGUGGUCGUGGUGGAUGGUGAGUGGUGGUGAUGGAUGGUGAGUGGUGGUUGUGGAUGGCGAGUGGCGGUUGUGGAUGGUGAGUGGUGGUGAUGGAUGGUGAGUGGUGGUUGUGGAUGGUGAGUGGUGGUUGUGGAUGGUGAGUGGUGGUGGUGGAUGCUGAGUGGUGGUGAUGGAUGGUGAUUGGUGGUUGUGGAUGGUGAGUGGUGGUGGUGGAUGGUGAGUGGUGGUGGUGGAUGGUGAGUGGUGGUGGUGGAUGGUGAGUGGUGAUGAUGGAUAGUGAGUGGUCGCGGUGGAUGGUGAGUGGUGGUGAUGGAUGGUGAGUGGUGGUUGUGGAUGGCGAGUGGCGGUUAUGGAUGGUGAGUGGUGGUGGUGGAUGGUGAGUGGUGGUGGUGGAUGGUGAGUGGUGGUGAUGGAUGGUGAUUGGUGGUUGUGGAUGGUGCGUGGUGGUUGUGGAUGGUGAGUGGUGGUGGUGGAUGGUUAGUGGCGGUGGUGGAUGGUGAGUGGUGGUGGUGGAUGGUGAGUGGUCGUGGUGGAUGUGGUGGUGGUGGAUGGUGAGUGGCGGUGGUGGAUGGUGAGUGGUCGUGGUGGAUGGUGAGUGGUCGUGGUGGAUGGUGAGUGGUGGUUGUGGAUGGUGAGUGGUGGUUGUGGAUGUGGCGGUGGUGGAUGGUGAGUGGUGGUGGUGGAUGGUGAUUGGUGGUUGUGGAUGGUGAGUGGUGGUGGCGGAUGGUUAGUGGCGGCGGUGGAUGGUGAGUGGCGGUGGUGGAUGGUGAGUGGUGGUGGUGGAUGUGGUGGUGGUGGAUGGUUAGUGGCGAUGGUGGAUGGUGAGUGGUGGUGGUGGAUGGUGAGUGGUGGUGAUGGAUGGUGAUUGGUGGUUGUGGAUGGUGAGUGGUGGUUGUGGAUGGUGAGUGGUGGUGGUGGAUGGUUAGUGGCGGUGGUGGAUGGUGAGUGGUCGUGGUGGAUGGUGAGUGGUCGUGGUGAAUGGUGAGUGGUGGUUGUGGAUGGUGAGUGGUGGUUGUGGAUGUGGUGGAUGGUGAGUGGUCGUGGUGGAUGGUGAGUGGUCGUGGUGAAUGGUGAGUGGUGGUUGUGGAUGGUGAGUGGUGGUUGUGGAUGUGGCGGUGGUGGAUGGUGAGUGGUGGUGGUGGAUGGUGAUUGGUGGUUGUGGAUGGUGAGUGGUGGUGGCGGAUGGUUAGUGGCGGCGGUGGAUGGUGAGUGGCGAUGGUGGAUGGUGAGUGGUGGUGGUGGAUGGUGAGUGGUGAUGAUAGAUAGUGAAUGGUCGCGGUGGAUGGUGAGUGGUGGUGAUGGAUGGUGAGUGGUGGUUGUGGAUGGCGAGUGGCGGUUAUGGAUGGUGAGUGGUGGUGGUGGAUGGUGAGUGGUGGUGGUGGAUGGUGAGUGGUGGUGAUGGAUGGUGAUUGGUGGUUGUGGAUGGUGCGUGGUGGUUGUGGAUGGUGAGUGGUGGUGGUGGAUGGUUAGUGGCGGUGGUGGAUGGUGAGUGGUGGUGCUGGAUGGUGAGUGGUCGUGGUGGAUGGUGAGUGGUGGUUGUGGAUGGUGAGUGGUGAUUGUGGAUGGUGAGUGGCGGUGAUGGAUGGUGAGUGGUGGUUGUGGAUGGUGAGUGGUGGUGGUUGAUGGUUAGUGGCGGUGGUGGAUGGUGAGUGGUGGUGGUGGAUGGUGAGUGGUGGUGAUGGAUGGUGAUUGGUGGUUGUGGAUGGUGAGUGGUGGUUGUGGAUGGUGAGUGGUGGUGGUGGAUGGUUAGUGGCGGUGGUGGAUGGUGAGUGGUCGUGGUGGAUGGUGAGUGGUCGUGGUGGAUGGUGAGUGGUGGUUGUGGAUGGUGAGUGGUGGUUGUGGAUGGUGAGUGGCGGUGAUGGAUGUGGCGGUGGUGGAUGGUGAGUGGUGGUGGUGGAUGGUGAUUGGUGGUUGUGGAUGGUGAGUGGUGGUGGCGGAUGGUUAGUGGCGGCGGUGGAUGGUGAGUGGCGAUGGUGGAUGGUGAGUGGUGGUGGUGGAUGGUGAGUGGUGAUGAUAGAUAGUGAAUGGUCGCGGUGGAUGGUGAGUGGUGGUGAUGGAUGGUGAGUGGUGGUUGUGGAUGGCGAGUGGCGGUUAUGGAUGGUGAGUGGUGGUGGUGGAUGGUGAGUGGUGGUGGUGGAUGGUGAGUGGUGGUGAUGGAUGGUGAUUGGUGGUUGUGGAUGGUGCGUGGUGGUUGUGGAUGGUGAGUGGUGGUGGUGGAUGGUUAGUGGCGGUGGUGGAUGGUGAGUGGUGGUGCUGGAUGGUGAGUGGUCGUGGUGGAUGGUGAGUGGUGGUUGUGGAUGGUGAGUGGUGAUUGUGGAUGGUGAGUGGCGGUGAUGGAUGGUGAGUGGUGGUUGUGGAUGGUGAGUGGUGGUGGUUGAUGGUUAGUGGCGGUGGUGGAUGGUGAGUGGUGGUGGUGGAUGGUGAGUGGUGGUGAUGGAUGGUGAUUGGUGGUUGUGGAUGGUGAGUGGUGGUUGUGGAUGGUGAGUGGUGGUGGUGGAUGGUUAGUGGCGGUGGUGGAUGGUGAGUGGUCGUGGUGGAUGGUGAGUGGUCGUGGUGGAUGGUGAGUGGUGGUUGUGGAUGGUGAGUGGUGGUUGUGGAUGUGGCGGUGGUGGAUGGUGAGUGGUGGUGGUGGAUGGUGAUUGGUGGUUGUGGAUGGUGAGUGGUGGUGGCGGAUGGUUAGUGGCGGCGGUGGAUGGUGAGUGGCGAUGGUGGAUGGUGAGUGGUGGUGGUGGAUGGUGAGUGGUGAUGAUAGAUAGUGAAUGGUCGCGGUGGAUGGUGAGUGGUGGUGAUGGAUGUGGCGGUGGUGGAUGGUGAGUGGUCGUGGUGGAUGGUGAGUGGUCGUGGUGGAUGGUGAGUGGUGGUUGUGGAUGGUGAGUGGUGGUUGUGGAUGGUGAGUGGCGGUGAUGGAUGGUGAGUGGUGGUUGUGGAUGUGGCGGUGGUGGAUGGUGAGUGGUGGUGAUGGAUGGUGAGUGGCGGUGGUGGAUGGUGAGUGGUCGUGGUGGAUGGUGAGUGUUCGUGGUGCAUGGUGAGUGGUGGUGAUGGAUGGUGAGUAGCGGUGAUGGAUGCUGAGUGGCGGUGAUGGAUGGUGAGUGGCGGUAGUGGAUGGUGAGUGACGAACCACCUGACUGUGAUGCCAAAUCUCUGCCCUCUCACUGCCUAUGAAACGGCCCUGUUGGAGCACACUUGCCCUUCCAUGCACUGAGCCUGAGCCCCGAGUGUGAUUGGGGCGAUGAUGACUCACUGUACAUGUGUUGGCAUGGCAAUGUGAUGGAAGGGGUUGUUGAGUUUUAGCUCAUCCUAGAGGAUGCCAGAUUUUGGUGCUUUGUUGCAUUGCAGCCCCGAUGCCUCCCGUGGUUAUACUCCCGACCAUAUCUAGGGAGCAGCAGUAUAUCAGAAACUGAGAAGUGAUAAUAGAUGGAGUGUACACAUAGAUAUUUCUAAGUGUUGUACUCUCUAAGAGACGACCCUAUACAGUCUAUACAAUCAUGACAAAUACACAUGUUUGACACAC